UUGAGCAAUAGCAAAACACUUUCACAGUUUGACUGGAAUGCAGGGUUGUUGUUAUGACUCAUCCCCACAAUAUGUUGCUUUGUUUUGCUAUUGGCCCGAUUGGCUUCUUCCUGGUGUGUCACUGAAUGUAGUCGACGUUAACCUACUUUCUUACUAUUACUUGUUCGGUCACAAUGCCUCUUGUACUUAAGAGUAAGCACGAAUAAUUAUAUUCCUGUGGGCUGCAACAACAAGAUUUACUGGACUUUGGGAAUCUAUUAAUCAUCUACUAUUCGCUAUUACCAAUGGAGUCUACGUUUUAUAGACUAUCCGAUCAAGUGGAAAAUGUUUCCUGCUACUAAGUGGAAUGUUUCUGCUCCAUUUAGCUGUGCUAUAUGUUUUGUUCAAACAACUGAGUUCGUUUGAAUAAAAACAGUUGUGCUGGGAGUCGACGACAUGCCAUGGACUCUUUGGAUGUUUUUAAAAAUCUCUUUCCUCUGGUGAAAUUGGUUAGGACGUUAUGAAUUGGAUUCACUCUUGAAGUGGACACGUUCUUUUGCUAAAUGUGUAAAUGUGAAAAUAAUAUGGGUCCUUUGGUUGAGGACACAGUGGAGGAUUUAAAGACCAUUCAACGGUCUUUAUGGGAACUCCACAAGCUCCUCGCAGACCUUCCAGAUGACAUGCUGGAGGAUAGCCGAGACUCCUCCUCCAUAGACCUCGAAUCCUCCACCUGCAGCAAGAAAAAUCCUGAAACCAGCCCAACUUCCAAAUGGACUCAUCAGCGGUCAAAUCAUCCCAGAGCAACAUCUGAUGAGCAGAGCUAUGAGGCAGACUACGAUCAACCACCCCACGGUUUUACGUAUAUGAAUGGAGGCGUUCAGAUCAAUGGUCACCAGCAUCAUGCUCAAACUCAACCUUCGGCUCGCAUGUGGAACCAGCAUUCACAAGAUUCGCACUUCACCCAGGAAGACUACACGUUCAACAGCAAAGGAACAGAACAAUCUACAGAGGCCAACGAUUUUUCCACAAAUGAUCCAUAUGAGCAACACCCCGGUGCUAGCAACCUUGUAGACUAUAAUGAAGGAGGAGCUAGUGAUGAUUGCGACGACGGUGACUGCAAUAAUCCCAGAGUGCAUUUUAAGUCUGGAGCUGCGGAGCGACGUGGGGAUGAUUACCCGGCCAGCUACAAUCCUCACCUUCCUCCACGUCAGAUGUUGAGCUCCCAGGCCACGCGUCAAGAUCAACCAUUUGAUCAACUACAAAGAGAAUUCCUUGACUCAACACAGCAAACUGCGGAGAAAGAACAGCUUGUCCAACUGCAGAUAUUAAACAAGGCUCAUCACAGGCAAAUCGAGGACUUGGAGCAAAAGCUCGUGGAUUCAAAACGCAAGAUAAGAUACCUUGAGCACCGGUUGGCAAUUGCUAUAGACGAGAGAGACGGCUUUGCUGCGCGUUUCAAGGAGUCGAGUCGACUCCUGGACGAGGCCAAAGAGCGGGAGGUUAAAAAGCAAAGCAAAGAGAAGGUGAUGGAGGAUCAAAUACGUACCCUAAAUGAUAGAGACCAGGAGCACAUAAACAAGCAGAGGGUGGCCGAGGCCGCUGCUGACGCCAUGAAGCAGCAAAUUUUGGAGCUGAGUCGGUCUGACACUCUGUCCAAAGCACGCAAGCAGCACGACAGGGAUGUUACUGUCAUCAAGGAGCAACAUGAGGCCGCACUGUUGGUUUUACAGCAGCAGCUUGACGCUAUGUCUCAAGCUCUGGACGAACAGAUGGAUACUAGUCAGAGGUUCCGUGAGCAGGUCAAACAGUUGGAGCGGCAAAGAGAAGAAGAGCAACUCGAGCGAGCCAGAGUGGUCAGUGCUCUCACUCAAAGUCUGGAGGAGAGUCAGCAGCAAUGUGCCAAGCUGUUGCAGACUAAUUCUGUGCAGGAAAUGAGUCAAAUCCAGCUCAAACUCCAGCAGGCCCAAACAGCCAAGGUUUUAAGUGAAGAUAUGAACAGAGUCUUACAGGAAGAUCUUGCCGACUUGAAGGAGCAGAUUACGCUAUAUGAAUCUGCAUUAAAACUUGGCGUUAUUGCAUUGGAUCCCAACAGUGACUGCCAGACCCAACUUUCAGAAUCCUGUUUGGCGUUAGGCUUCAAGAAAACCACUUUCAGAAAUGGAUCGCUCCACAGUAUGGCCUUAGCCACCCUGUCAGACUCCAAAUUGCCUCAGGAUGAGGCUUUGCGGCUGCUGCGAGUGGAGAUGCAGCGCUGUUUGGGGAGUCAAAAGGCAAAACGGCAGAAGGUCAGUCAUCUGCAGGAGGAACUGCAACGGAGUCGGACCCGAGUGAACGAGCUGCAGACUCAAUUAGAUGAAGCCAAUCUCAGCUCGUUGGUUAGACAGUCCAGCCAGAUAAAACCAUACUUGAAUGGAGAGGACCAGAAUGAGUUAGUGAAACUCCAGGAAGACAAACAACGCUUGCAGGAUCAAGUGGAGGUGCUAGAAAAGAAAAUUGAUGAGCUGCAGCAGAGUGAGGAGAAGCUCCGGUCUUCCAACUUGGAACUCUGCGUCAAGAUGAGAGAGAUGAUCCAGGAGUUGGACCAAGAGAAGCAGGAGGCUGCUCAACGAUCCGAGCGGAUAAAUCAGCAGCAUAGGGAUGACGUGGUGAACCGAGUCAGGACGGAGCUCAUGCUGAAACACGACGCUCACGUUGAACAUCUGACAGCAGAACACGAGCAACACAUCCAACGCCUAAACACUCAGCUGUCUGAGGCCAGUGACAAAGUGUCUGCUGUGCAAGAGUGUUACAUUUCUGUCUGCAAGGAAAAGGAAAUCCUGGAGGAAAGCAUAAAAAAUGCAGCCAGGGAGGAUGCACUGAGGAAAGAAAAUGAGCAACAGAAAAGCGAGGAGAGCAGCACAGAUGUGGAGAAACUAAGGACUGAGCUUGAGGCGCAGCAUCGGGCUUCCGUAGCCCAGCUCAAGGCUCUCUGGUCGAAGGAGCACGAAGCUGAGAUCCAGCAGCAGGUGAACUCUCAGGUAGCCUCGGCCAAGGUUGCUUGGGAUGAAGCGCACCGUCAGAUGGAGAAGACUUGGACCCUGAGGCUGGAGGAAGCCAGGCGAGAAAAACACUCCGAGACCUCUGAGGUAACCUGUCAGACAGAGGAGGCGGCAGCAAACGGUUUGAUGAUUACCGUUGAGGAGUUGGACUCCAGGCUCUGUGCCCAGAGACAACAGCUGCAAGUGGAAGCUGACAAAGUCCAACGCCAAGCAGUGGAAGAAGCCAAGAAACAAGUCCAGAAGGAAACUCAGGACAAACAUCUCGAGGACUUGGCCGAUAAGGUUGAAGGGGCGGUGACCAGAGCCUAUAACCGUUGGAUUGAGGAUUUGACUUCAUUACCAGAAUACCAAGCCUCUCUCCAAAGAGAGAGAGAGAACUGGGAAGAGCUGCAAAAACAAUACGUGGAACAACAGGUAUCACAAUCUCUGAGGACAGCAGAGGAGCAGUGGCACAAGCAGCAAGAAGGACGUCUAAAAGCUCAAAGCUGUGGGACAUCUGAGGAGCUCCAACAGAAGGUGGUGAGCCUCCAGUGUCAGUUGGAGCAGUUAAGAAGGGAGCAAGCAACGCUGCUCAAAGCUGAACUAGCCGGAGCCAAAGCGGCCUGGAAGAGAGACAAACAGCAAGAGAUCUCUGUUGUCCAAACUCGCAGUGAGCAAAUGUACCAAACCAAACUACAGGAGCAGCAUAAGAAGCAGGAGUUGGCUUUGCUGCAAGCCAGAGAGGAGGCCGACCUCCAAAAGAAGGAACUGCUCCAACAGAUGGAGACCAAGCUUCAGCAGAUCAUGAGGGCCCGAGAGGAUGAGUGGAAAUGUCAGCAGGCUGAGAAGGAACAAGCCCAGAGACGACAGAUGAGGGAAGACUUCCUCACGGAACUUCAGACUGCUCUGGCAGAGGUCCAGGCGCAGCUUCUCGGGAGUUCCAGGACUGACCAGCAGAGCCUGAGGGAGAGCGGGACGGGCCGCAUAUCGGAGGGCGGCUUAAUGGACGUGAUUCAAAGUUGCUGCAUAGACAUUGUUGACAGAGCUGUGUGCCAGGCCAAGAAGGACUGGAAGAAAAUAAGUGAGGCUCAGUUGAGCUGUGUGUUACGAGAAACACAACAGCAGCACAAAAAAGAAAUCAGCAAAAUGCAAAGCUCUUUAGCCCAGAUUGGAGGGCAGGUUUGCAGCAGGAAGGAUUGCGCAGACACGGCCAGUAAGCUGCAGAAGAAGAACCAGGAGCUUCAGAAGCACUUGGAAAAAGCUUGCCGUCAGUUCCAGCACAGCGUCCGAGAACACAAAAUGACCAUGCAGAAACUCCGAGACGAACAUGAGGGCAGAUUACAAAAGGCAAAUGAGGAACAUCGGCUCCAACUGGAGGAAAUGAAGCGAAGCAAAGAAGCUGCUGGCAGUUCAAACCAUCAACAAAGUCUUCAAGAGGGCCUAGAAGAAAUGAAGCAGCAAUACUUGACGACUGUCGAAAAAAUAAGAGGAGACAUGCUGCGUUACCUCCAGGAGAGCCGUGAGCGAGCAGGUGAGAUGAUCCGCACGGAAGUGCAACGGGAGAGGCAGGACACCGCCCGCAAAAUGCGACGCUAUUACCUGACCUGCCUGCAGGAAUUGUUAGAGGAUGGCGGGAAGACUACGGGGGCAGAAAAGAAAAUUAUGAAUGCUGCCAGCAAAUUGGCAGCCAUGGCUAAAGUACUGGAAACACCUGUCAAAAAUAAAGCUGCAAAGACUCACAGCUUACCCACUUGCACGAUGGAUGUGUCCACCACUGGCUCCUGCCCAACAAGUAACACACAUUUUUUGAAGAAUCCUUCAACUUUAUCGGAAGACAGAACCCACAGGGAGAAGAUGUCGGAUUUGGAGCAAAAAACGACUCCGGCGCGGAUUAAAUGUGUGAGCAAGCAGGACGCUGGAGCAUGUGAGUCCUCAGCAGAAGCGCAAGUCUACCCUCACAAAGUGGCCACUUCGUGCCUUGCUCCCUUGAAGAGCAAGAGCAGGGAGGCGUACCUGCAAGGAGGACAACCAGAGUACCAUGCGGAUCGGCCAAACAACCCUUCUCUGGCGCAGGAGCUUCCAGUCAGGGAUGAUAGACGCACCAACUGGAGCCUGACCAGCAGUGACUCAGACAGCCUCCACAUCCCUCGAGUGUCCUUCUCAGGAAGGAAAGUAGAAUCGGUGAAGCCCUUCUCAGUGUCCGUCGCUGACUUUGGCGAGUUUGAUCAUCUCACCCCGGAUACGUCCGACCUGACGGUUUAUAAUGACAUUGCACAGGAGACUCGGACUUGGACACAAACAUCUGCCCCCAAAGCUAAGAUUAACACACACAGAGAGCCAACGCCGGGCUCAGAAGGAGAGAAGCAGAGUGGGGCUUUGUUUUCAGAAUUGAGACGUCAACAGGACAGUGGCUUUGACAGCCCGUUGAACCAAGCAAAAUGACGCUGGCGAGUUGUGCUUGGUUUUAUAAAUGUGUGCGAAAGACUGUCGGGAGUCUACAUUUCAAUUCAAAUUCAGAAAGAGGGUGUUCUUCCUCAAAUGUUUACAUAUUUAACUUUUGGUUUACUUUGUUUCAGCAGAGGUUAAAAUUUGCAGGCUAAGUUACAAUUAUGUAUGUAUUUUAUGAAUUUCCACUCUUUGCAGUUUCUAUUCCAGUGUAUAUUUUCUUUAUAAGAUAUCGAGUUAACGUUUGCUUUAUUAAAGUCUUGAUUUUAUUUUAAUAAAUGAAAUAAUCAUAUUACAACAAGCUAA